AUGGAAGGAGCGAGUGAAAGAACAUCGUGUAGGUUACCAAAAGAAGAAAAAGAAUCUCCGGGGUAUGGACCUCUCCUGAAGACAUUACUGUUUAAAAACAACAAAACUCACGAUCAUAAUAACUCCCUUAUUUACACAACGAAGAAUGAAUCCUAUUAUAAUUACGUCGUAACCGAGCCACCAUUCUUAACUACUAACCUCAAUUUAAACAUUUCUUUUUCUACGCCUGCUGUGAUUGAAGUUUCAACCGUCAUCGAAGCUGGAAACGAUACGAAAAUUAAUUCCACUGCUUUGCCGUUAUGUCCGGAUGAUAUUUCGUCGAAUUUGGUUGGUAGAAUCCCCAUCAUUCGAACACCAGUACCCACAGUCCAAGGACUAGAGAAACGAUUUACUUGGCUUAAACCCGGAGGGCACUGGCAACCAUCGAACUGCAAAGUGUUAAAGAGCGUAGCUAUUGUGAUUCCAUAUCGAUGUAGAGGCGAGCAUCUGCUUCUGUUCCUGCAACACAUGCAUCCGUUCUUAAAAAAGCAGAUGUUAGAUUACACUAUUUUUGUAGUAGAACAGGAGGGCGAUGGGCCAUUCAACAGAGCCAUGUUGAUGAACAUUGGGUUCGACGAAGCGUUGAAGACCAGGAAGUUCGAUUGUUUUAUCUUUCAUGACAUAGAUCUAUUGCCUGAGGAUGAUCGGAACUUGUAUACUUGUCCUGAACAACCGAGGCAUAUGAGCGUCGCUGUAGAUAUUUUUAAAUAUAAGUUACCGUAUCCAGCAAUAUUUGGUGGAGUCUCAGCUAUUAGCACCGAACAUUUUAAAUUAUUAAACGGCUUUUCGAAUUCAUUCUGGGGAUGGGGCGGAGAGGAUGACGACAUGUCCAACCGAAUUAGGUAUCACCAUCUUCACAUUUCAAGAUAUCCCGUGACCAUAGCUCGGUACACAAUGUUAACGCACAAGAAGGAUACUCCUAGUUCGACUCGGUACGAGAUCCUUAAACAAGGCCAACAAAAAUACGACAAAGACGGAUUGAACAGUUUAAAAUUCAAGCUAAUUACCAAGAAGCUGACUCCUUUAUAUUCUUGGGUCUUUGUAAACAUUGAACCGCUUAGUUGA